UAUGACAAGAACUUCGAGCAGCAGCAGAGUUCGCCAUUUUGGAAGGCAGCUUUGUUCGUACACAAAAGUACAGAUAAAACCAUCGGGUUUUUUUUUUGUUUCGUUUUUUAAAAACCUAUUAGUUGUUUGGGGUGCAUCAGUCGAUAUAUAAAGUGAGGACAGAUGAUUUGAUGUGUAAUACUACAAUGUAAACAUAUAAUCUUAUAUUAAUCUUGCUAGCCUUCACGUUUCGUCGACGAACCAGGAAGCUAACAUGCGACAGGCAAAGCGAAUUCGUUCCCCUGGCGUUUGGCUCAGUGAGUUCAGCUGGGUGGAGAGCCGAAAGCGCCAGAAGCGAGAUGAUUCGAAUAGCAGUGCAAGGGAGAAUAAAUCUCGAAGACGUCAACAACCCCUCAAAACACAUGAAGGGCACUACCUGGAGACCCACAGCCUGAACCAGCAGAGGAUAGAGUCUAAGGACAGGAGGGCCAGAGAAGCCAGCCUGGAGAUGGGCUACGACGAGGACAACAGGGCCGCCGCCACCAGGGACAGAGAUCGGGAGAAGGACAAGGAGUGGCACCACUACAGCAAGUCAUCAGGGCGGAGUGGCAAGAGUGGCCGUAGUAGCCGCAGAGGCCGGAGACGCAGCCCUUCUCAUCAACGCUCCUCUUACUCGAGGAGCCAUCAUCGCAGGAGCAGGAAAAGAUCCCGGAGUGUUGAGGAUGAUGACGAGGGUCACCUGAUCUAUCACAGGGGAGACAUGCUAAGAGCCAGAUAUGAGAUUGUGUCAACUCUAGGAGAAGGAGCCUUUGGGAAAGUCGUGGAAUGCAUCGAUCACUCUAAAAUUGGUUCUCGUGUGGCACUGAAGAUCAUUAAAAACAUUGACCGGUACCGCGAAGCAGCAAUGGCUGAGGUGGAGGUGCUGGAGCAGAUGAACUCUCUGGACUGUGACCGGAGAUAUGGAUGUGUGAGGAUGCUGGACUGGUUCGACCACCACGGUCACGUGUGUAUAUCGUUUGAGCUGCUGGGGCUCAGUACCUAUGACUACCUGAAGGAGAACAACUUCCAGCCAUUCCCAGUAGAACACAUCAGGAUCAUGGCCUAUCAGAUCAUCAGGGCCGUACGAUUCAUGCAUAAGAACAAGCUGACACACACUGACCUGAAGCCCGAGAACAUUCUGUUUGUGGACUCAGAGUACGACAUCAAGUACAACGCCAAAAUGAAGCGCGACGAGAGGACGUUGAAGAACCCGGAUGUGAAGGUGGUUGAUUUUGGCAACGCCACAUAUGAACACAACCACCACACCUCCGUAGUGUCCACACGCCACUACCGCGCUCCAGAGGUCAUUCUGGAUCUGGGCUGGGACCAUGCCUGUGACGUGUGGAGUCUGGGCUGUAUCCUCAUAGAGUACUACCUGGGAUCAACUCUCUUCCAGACCCACGACAGUAAAGAACACCUGGCUAUGAUGGAGAGGGUCCUGGGCCCCAUACCGGUACAUCUCCUGCAGAAAACCAAGAAGCGGCGGUAUGUCCAUCGGUACCAGCUGGACUGGGAUGCACUCAGCUCCUCUGGGAGAUACGUGAGGAAACACUGCAAACCACUCAAGCAAUACAUGAUGGUCCAGAGCUUGGACCACGACCAGCUGUUUGACCUGAUCCAGAAGAUGCUGGAGUACGACCCAGCUAAACGCCUCUCCCUGGACCAGGCUCUCAGACACCCCUUCUUCACCUGCCUACGCAAGGCCACCAGGAAAUGACCUUUAACCCCAGCGUGGACCCCAACCUGACCCUGCCUAUCAUCGUGACAAUCAUCACAACCGUUGUGGCCAUGACCAUCACCAUGACAACUGUGAUGAUUGACGAUCGCCAUAGCCCUACAUUGACUCUCCGAGAGAGAUCGUUUACCUCUGGCUGUAUCAGUCCGCCCACGUGGCUUUUGUCCAUUGCUGUCAUGCUAGUUAGUGUUAAUGUAUUGCGAGUUGUAUCGUUGUAGCAACCAGGUUCACUGAUGAAGCUGGUGCGUUAUUCUAUGGGCUGUCAGACUUAAUCAGUUAGCUCCAGUUAACGUUGUUUUUUUAAUUGCGAUUUAUCGCAUUGCCUAAAUGCUUUCCAAAGAUACUGAAAACAUCCCAAAUACAUAACCUAUUCAGCUCAAAACUAGUUGACAUUGAGGUUAAAGAAAGUGUGCUUUUUCAAUUUACCUAAUUCUGCUAACUGUUAGGCAAAAUCAAGAUGUCAAUAUUCUUGUAAUGUUUUUGUAUAAAAAAAAUCUUACAUUUCACCUUAAUUUGAGCAAAUUGAGAAUUUGCGAUUAAUCAAAGCAAAUGUUGUAAAUGUUUUUUGUCUGACUGCCCUGAGGUUUUCCCCCAAGUCUCUUUUUUCAGUAUGACUGGAUUUGUAACUUUUGGAAUAUCGCUGUGUGUUUGCAUUGGUCAAUAAAAACGCAGUUAUGUCACAACACAA